CCCACACCCAGUCCUCCGUCUGCUCUGCCAUCAACUACUCUGGAGGGUCAUCAAGAACCAUGGUGCCCAGAAUCUUUGGUUUCAACAGCAUAUUAGCCUUCCUCCUCCUUCUCCUGUGCUUAAAGUCAGGGGCCCACAUGAACUCCGGCCUGUGGCUGUGCCAGCAAGCACCCAGAUGUGGGAACCAUAUGUACAACCCCAUGGAGCAAUGCUGUCAUCAUGACACCAUCCUGUCCUUCAACCGGACCAACCUCUGUGGCCCCGGCUGCACGUUCUGGCCCUGCUUUGAGCUCUGCUGUCCCGAGUCGUUUGGCCCCCAGAAGAGAUUUGUUGUGAGAUUGAAGGUUCUAGGCAUGAAGUCACGGUGCUCUACCUCUCCCAUCUCCAGAGUCUGUCCCAAUUGUAUUUCAGCUCCAGGCCUAGAAAAGCAGCAAAAGUACGCAAGUGAUGCUGUGGCAGCCUCAGGACCAGCUUUUACCUCCCAAGUCACUCAACAGGACCACUUUCGAGACUUCACCAACCAGUCUCUUGGGAAAAUCAUGCUGCUGCAACCCUCAUCCAGCCUACUACUAUCAGAGUCCAUUCCCCUGUGAUCUUGACGUCCCACCUCAGCAGGAAGCAAUUACAGAAGAUAUGACCUUCGUCCUUAUUCCAUCAACAAAAAGGCUGGAAUGUUAGAUUUGAUCGAGCAAUUGAAUUGAUACCCCUCCCGCUGGGAACUGGCUUUCCAGGUCAUUUCACUAUGGACAUUCCCUUUGCUCAGACCACAUUUCACUUGCAGUGACCACAUUUCAUUAUCUCCCCCUCCAGUUAUGCAUAAAGAAGUCUCCAUCCAGAAAAAAAAUCCCGCCAAAAGUCCUUUAAAGGCCGCUGACUCCCGUCACUGGG